AUGAGCAGUUUUGCCAGACGCAAUGAAGGGAAUGAGAGUUACAUGAUGAACCAGCCACUGGCCAUGCCCAGUCCCUAUGGCCAUUCAGAUGGCCAUGAUUUCGGUGCUACGGGAUCUGGCUCGUAUCAUCAAUUCUCCCACCAAUCUUUUCACCCAUAUGGGUCCCAGUUGGGCCCGUCCUAUGCUCACCAGGGUCUUCAGCAUCUCCAGCAGUACUCAUCCGAUCAUUCCAUUCCGUCCAUGUCGAAUCCGGAGGAUAUGGGCAUGCACCAUCCGCCGCUGCAGUACUUGGCCCAGCCACGUUUUCUGACGUCUCCGAGAUAUGUCCCGCUGAACGAGACGGAGAUAGAAAGCCAAAUCUCCCAGAAUGAGGGCUCGAUGCAGUCGGAGCCUGUGCUGCCUCCACUGGAAGGGUUUCCCGAUGUCAAGGAAUUUGACCAAUUGAUGCAAAGCUACGUGGAUGACUUGUCAGUGAAGAAACAAGACAAGGCACUCAUCCAUUCCAAGAGAGCUCGCAAUAUCAAGGCUGUGUUGAAUGAACCCAAGGACACUUCGGUGGAGUCCGCUCAAUUCCGAUUCUGGGUGAAGAAAAUGUUUAAGCUGCAAGCCGUCGGGAUAGCCCCAGACUGCAGGAAGAUGAUCUGUCAUGAGGGAAAGCCUGUUGCAAUACGGGAGAAAUUGUUCAAGAUCCUCACCAAAGCACAUCAGCUCUGCCAGCAUGGUGGCCGGGACAAAACAUCGGCCCAGGGUUCCCAAGGAGCUCAUCUCUCGCUUUGUGAAAAUCUGCCCAACAUGCCAGGUUCGCCGUGGGGGUUCACGACUGACGCCGCCCAAUUCACGGCGCAGCUCGCCUCGGCUCGACUUGAUCCCUCGAUCCCCAAAGCUCCCGUCUCCCCCAAUAUCAAGACGAGAGUCCACUUUUGGGGGACAGGCAGCCGUCGAAAGACAACAGAUAACGAACUAUUUCAGCCAUCUGCCUACCCAUAA